AAGCCCCCACUUGAGGUUUCCUCCACACUCCCUCAAGCACACUUCUCAACUGUGAUUUGUUCUUAGUUUGAAGGUGAAGAUGAAGAUCUCCUUCCCUGUUCUUGUCUGUUUUCUUCUUCUUAGCUCCUCUCUGAUGGAGCCGGCCUUCGCUGCUACCUCCUCAUACUGCAGCAACAAGUGUUCGACUCGGUGUGCAGUAGCAGGAGUUCAAGAUCGAUGCCUCAAGUACUGUGGGAUAUGCUGUGAAGAGUGCAAGUGUGUCCCUUCUGGGACUUAUGGCAACAAGCAUGAGUGCCCUUGCUACAGGGACAAGAAGAACAAGAAGGGGAAGCCCAAGUGCCCCUGAAACUUGAUCAAGAGCGUCUCAGAUCAACUGCUCAAACCUGAUCUGCAUCUACUGUUUACUACUCUACUACUCUACUAGUCAAUUAUAAAUAAUUUUAGAAUGAGUAGAAGAGUGUGUGUCAGAGAGAAUGAGUAAAAGAGUGUGUCAGUGCCCUUUGUGUUAUAAAAUAUGAUCUAUAAUGUUUAGUGAGAGUAAUCUAGUUUGCUUUGGAGUUGAUUAGCACUCUUUGAUGAUCAAUGUCCAAAUGGUGUUGGGUUUGUGUAAAAUGGUGAAUAAGAAUGGUUUUCUUAAGUUUACGAGGGUUUUGGAGCCCAGUUGGUCUCAUAUUGUAUCAAAUCUUUAAUUUAAAAAAUAUCUCAUCUAUGUUGAUAUAAA